AUGCGAGAGUGGCGUCGCUCGCCCGUUGGUGGCUUUUCGCGGAAAACGGUCGAACAGCCGCAAUCGAACCCUGCCCCCCUCACCUCACCCCCCUGGCGCCGCGUCAGCCGCCGCCGUAUAAAAGCCCCGCGCGCCCCACCACUCCAACUCAGACGCAUGGAGUACUCCGUAGAGGUAGUUUGGCACGAGCGAGCGCUUUGC